AUGGCGAUCGUCGUGACGAUACUGGGGCUACUUUUAGCUGCAGCUCUUUUUAUGGGGUUCUGGUACCUCCUGCGCGAGCGGCGCUGUCCGGUGAUAGUCAUGCGGUUGUGGUUCGUGUCUUGUCUCGUAACUGUAGUGAUAGUACUCUACCUUCUGUGCCUACCCAUUCGUAUUGCGCGCUACAAUAAGUGGGUAAGCAGGCAACAAGGCGCAAACAUAGCUUGUUGGCUUUCUUGUCUCCUUAUGGGGAAAGUGCUGUGGUUUCUUUCGCCUCACAUCCACAUCAAGAUCAUGGAAGGUUCCCUCGAUCCUCACGGCAUUCACCACAGUGGUGUGAUGUGCUCUUGCCACACAUCCUUCUUCGAUACAAUUCUGUUUACACAGCUCAUCCCUUUGAGCUAUAUGAGGAAUGUGAAAGCGUUUGCAAAAAGGUCGCUGUGGAGUUUGCCGUUCAUGGGCAAAGUUAUCGAUACGUGUGGACACCUGCCCGUUUACUUUACCUCAACCGGGGGCAGCUUCGCUGUGGACAAGGAGAAGCAGGCGUUGGUAGCAGAAGAGGCUGACGAGUUCGUAAACGCAGGGGGAAACCUUUGCGUAUUUCCAGAGGGUGCCCUAAACCGAACACCAGAGACACUAAAGGACUUCCGCCUCGGUACGUUCGCAAUGAUAACGAAGCACCGGUCACGACUUUAUUAUAUGGUGCACAACGGCUGCCAUGAAGUUUGGCCACCUGCGAUGAAUGAAAUCCCGGGAUUCCCCGCGGACGUGUACGUAUGUUUCGGCGAGUACAAGUACAACGAGGAUUCAACAGCGGAGGAUAUCUCUCAGGGGCUGCGUGAGGUUAUGCAGAAGCAUGUGAACAGGAUUUUGUUGCUUCGGCAGCAGGCGAGGAAUGCCUCCACGGAAAAAGCUACCUAA